GAACAUCACCACAGGUCACGUCUGGUAGUUAUAAUGCAUGACUUCGAACAACUAGAGCCUCAGGUGGUUCAAGACAUGUUUGAAAUUUGCAGCUCCUACAUUCCGCGCUUACCACUGGUAUUUAUCCUCGCGCUGGCUUCGCCCCCUUCUCCGUCUUAUAUUCAAGACACUAACAAAAUCUUUCUAAGACAUUUUUUGAUCCUACGUUCGAACCAGACAUUCAUGAUUGGCCCGACAACCAUCGACUUCGCAGUCGAUUUUUUCGCUCGUCAUAGCUCAUCACUUGACGGUUUACUUCUUGCCCACAUGAAACAUUUUGAAGAGCCUCUUUCCGUCCUCGCCCCUGCUCAAGCGCUAGGACGGUCCAAAGAUGCUGCCAAAGGAUCGACACUCAUUGCGCCUGUAGAACAUGCUACCAGUUGGCGAAAUGCCACUGUCGAUUCACUCCUAUCUUCAGUAGAGACUGCGCGCGAUACUUUCCGAAUGCGGGCGAAGCUGCUCCGUGUAGCAUUUCGGCUUUUGCUCCGAGUCCGCCAAUUUAUGUCGGUGCAUGGGCAUAAGACCGCUCAGGGUGACCAAACGGUACCCGAUUUGAUGUGCUUGGCGUUGCGAGGACGUCUGGGCAGUGUAUACGGACAUUUGUGUUCUGUGGUCAAGAGACUGACCGCAGCGCAACUUGAGGACUUUGUGCGGGUAGUGCACGAUUUCUUCGGGGAUGUCCCCGAGGACGUAAAAGCGGAGGAAGACGAAGUCAUUUCGCGCGUGGAAAUAGCACAUCAGAUGCUCUGCCGGGAUGGAAGCGCUCAGGAAAUAUCUGGUCCGUUCGGAAACUGGCUGUCAGAAUAUUUCAAGUUACGCAUAGUUGCGCUGGAAGACGCCCCGUUAUGGGACAUCUGGUACACCGGCUCGACGCCAUUUCCUUCCGAGCUGAUCAAUCCAUCGCCUCGCGCCUCCAUCCUCGCGGGAUUGAUCCAUCCCCAGGACUACAUGCCUCCCGGACAAGGGAGUGGGGAUGACGAGGAUGAUGACCUGCCCGACAUAAGUAUCCUAUUCAAGGGCUACCUGGAAAGUGCGAAGAUGAUCAAUGUCUAUGACUGGUUUGAGUCAUUCGUGGUCUUCUUGGAAGCUCGGAAGCGGCGUGCUGGAAAGACUCGUAUUCCUGAUGAUGCGAAUGGAACCUCUAGGACGCCAUCGAGGAAGAAGGGAAAACAGAAGCAGGUCGAGGUCGAGGUCGUUGAUGAGGGCGCGGGAGAAGAUGAGGAAUGGCUCAUGGAGGUACAAGCGCGGUUUAUCCGUGCCCUUCAGGAGCUAGAUUACCUCGGAUUCGUCAAGCAUACUGGGAGAAAAGCGGAUCAUGUCAUGCGGACUGUUUUCGACUCUCCAGAAUGAUCAAGUGGGUGCUAUUGUUUAUUCUGAUCCUCGACGACCACUUUCGUGCUACUGUGGGAGAGGGUUCUGUAGAAAACAAAUGACAUACUGUCCAAAUGCCAUUUGUCAUUUCAUGCGUGGAAAUAACUUAGCUUACCGGGUCCCGUCUCCGUUGCUAUGCAUCCUUGAAGCUUGAAUCAUCAUUAAAUGCGACAGUGGUAUCACUGGUAUGUAGAUGGUCAUGAUGCUCCAUGUUUUUUACGAAACACCCUCUUGUUGUCUGUCAUCUGGACGACGCAAGUUAGCGACUUUCGUGCGUAUGCGCCGAAAAGGCGAUCCCAUAGGAUGCUGAACAGUACUAUUCAUGCGGUUGCUGUAGAAAUUGCGCUGACAUCGGAUUCGUACUGGAGAAUACAAUGAGUUUAC